GCGGCUGGUUUCCGCUUCCGGGCGGCGCUUUUCCGUGGCGCGCUCUUAAAGCUAAGCGGUCGUCAUGGAGCUUUCGGGAGAGUACGUCGGACCCGACGGAGAGCAGGAGCGGCUGCGGGUAUUCUGUGACGGGUCGGGAGACGCCGACUCUCUUCAGAACCUGUUGUCGGGCGUGACCCAAAUGAAGGAGCUGGUAUCCGACUUCUUCGGUCCCCUGGCACAGCCGGAAGCGCAGGGCCGCGUGGCCCGAGACGAGGCGUUGGACGGUGAUGAUGAAGAUGAUGCAGAAGAUGAAAAUAACAUUGAUAAAAGAACUAACUCAGAUGGACCAUCUGCAAAACGGCCAAAACUACCUUCUUAGCUAUAACUUUUAUGAAAUUUAAAAGACUGCUGCUACAUCCUAGUUAUGAUACACUGAUAUUAAGGAAGACUUAUGCUUCAUUUUGAGAAAGCACUUAAUCUGUGUCCCCUGUGACAGAUUUCUCAGAGAGAGAAGUUGCUUCUGUUUCUAGCAGAGAAAGAUACAAUAAAUGUUUAGGAAUGAAGUCUGUUUUCUUGAGUGAGAAAUUUCAAGCCAUAGAAAUGAAACAGAAUACUUAAGAAUGUAUAAAAUCCUCCAACUUGGCAACUGAAUUUUCAUCAUUGUUUUGUUUUAAAAUAGCUACUGAAUUUAAAUUGUGGGAUGUCUACGCCUCUUAGAUUCUGUUAUACAAGAACAUGUCAUGAAUCAUAGGCAACAAUAUUUCAAAGAACUAAAAGAACUGAUGGCAGAAAUUGGCUAUUAAAUGUUGGAAUGUCAAUUCUUUGUAAGUAGAAGGAAAAAUAAGGAAAUAGAAAUACUGAAGAGAAAGGAAGACCUUGAGAGUGACGCCAAGGAAAUGUUGAAUUCACAUCUAUAUAGCCUUUACAUAGACAACCAGAGAUGAUCCCUCACAGGGUGAAUUAAUCUUCUGACUUAUCUGGGAACUUGAGAUACAAGAUGGGGGGAUGUUUUUGUGCCAUAAUUUGGUAUAUGUAUAAGUACAAAUGAGACCUAAGUAAACCAGAUUUGUUGACUGUAAUUUAACUAUUUCCCCUCCACUUGUAGCCAUACUUUGGUUUUACUUAACAAAGAACUGUUGAAACAUUUAAAAAUAUAUAUUCCUAAAAUAUUUGUGUGUGUGUUUCUGCUUAUCAGUGGAAUAAAGGCAUUUUUAAUUUAC